CGCUCAAGCCAGCGACCACCGGUAGCAGCAAGGGCGUUGAGAGAAGAGGAGGAGCCGCCGCCGCCGCCGCCGCCGGCAUAAUGGAGCAGCUAUCAGAUGAAGAACUUGAUCAUGGUGCAGAAGAAGACAGUGAUAAAGAAGAUCAGGAUCUGGACAAGAUGUUUGGGGCUUGGCUUGGAGAAUUAGACAAACUCACACAGAGUCUGGAUACAGACAAGCCGAUGGAGCCAGUAAAGAGAUCCCCUCUUCGCCAGGACACUAAUAUCGCAAACUUCUCCUAUCGCUUCUCUAUGUACAACUUGAAUGAAGCCCUGAAUCAAGGAGAGACUGUGGAUCUUGAUGCCCUCAUGGCAGAUCUUUGUUCCAUAGAACAGGAGCUCAGUAGCAUUGGUUCACAGUCCACAAACAGCGCAUCAGUAAAACGCUUUGCAACGGAAGCAAAAAUGGGUCAGAAACCACCGGGGGGUGGACGACUUGCCGCCAAACACAGUAGCAUGAAAGGAUUGUCCUCUUCCUCCUCUGGUCGGGUAACAAAGCCUUCACAUGCUAUCUUUUCUCUGGAUGACAUUACUGCUCAAUUGGAGAAGGCAUCUUUGAGUAUGGAUGAAGCCGCUCAGCAACCUAUAAUGGAAGAUAGAAAGCCUGUAGUUGCAACCCAGCAUAGGAGAACAGCAUCGGCAGGUACUGUGAGUGAUGCUGAAGUCCGCUCUAUCAGCAAUUCCUCGCGUUCCAGCAUCACGUCCGCAGCCUCCAGUAUGGACUCCCUUGACAUUGAUAAGGUGACAAGGCCUCAAGAACUGGAUUUGACUCAACAAGGGCAGCCAGUUAGUGAGCAUAUUGUUUCUAUGGAACAUUCCAGCAAGCAAGCCAGACGUCACAUUGACUUUUCUGAAGAAGAAGCUGAAUUGGCUCCUCACUCCUAUUUGGACAGGGAAACCUCCCUUCUUCUGAGAAACAUUGCAGGAAAGCCUUCUCAUUUGCUGACCAAGGAGGAACAGGCUGCUAAGCUAAAGGCUGAAAAGAUCAGGGUUGCUUUAGAGAAGAUUAAAGAAGCACAAGUUAAAAAGCUCGUGAUCCGAGUCCAUAUGUCUGAUGACAGCUCCAAGACUAUGAUGGUAGAUGAAAGACAGACCGUAAGACAAGUGCUGGACAAUUUGAUGGACAAGUCUCAUUGUGGGUUUAGCUUAGACUGGUCUUUGGUAGAAACCAUCUCAGAAUUACAAAUGGAGAGAAUUUUUGAAGACCAUGAAAACUUAGUUGAAAACCUCCUCAACUGGACAAGAGACAGUCAAAACAAACUUAUGUUUGUAGAACGUAUAGAAAAAUAUGCACUUUUCAAAAAUCCCCAGAAUUAUCUUCUCGGGAAAAGAGAAACAUCUGAAAUGGCAGAUAGGAAUAAGGAGGUACUACUGGAGGAAUGUUUCUGUGGAAGUUCAGUAACAGUGCCAGAAAUUGAGGGAGUGUUGUGGCUGAAAGAUGAUGGCAAAAAAUCUUGGAAGAAACGUUACUUUCUUCUCAGAGCUUCUGGGAUCUACUAUGUUCCAAAAGGAAAACCAAAGGUCUCACGGGAUCUUGUAUGCUUUCUUCAACUGGACCAUGUAAAUGUUUACUAUGGGCAGGACUAUCGCAACAAGUAUAAAUCCCCUACAGAUUAUUGCCUAGUACUGAAGCAUCCGCAGAUUCAGAAGAAGUCUCAGUAUAUUAAAUAUUUGUGUUGUGAUGAUAUCAGAACCCUACAUCAAUGGGUAAAUGGCAUCCGUAUUGCUAAGUAUGGGAAACAAUUGUAUGUGAACUAUCAAGAAGCUCUGAAAAGGACAGAAUCGGCCUAUGACUGGACAUCCCUCUCCAGCUCUAGUAUUAAGUCAGGAUCCAGUUCGUCUAGUUUGCCUGAGUCUCAGUCCAAUCAUUCUAAUCAAUCUGAUAGUGGAGUUUCGGACACCCAGACAGGACAUGUCCGUUCCCAAAGUAUCGUUAGCUCCAUCUUUUCAGAGGCCUGGAAACGGGGUACUCAGCUGGAAGAGUCCAGCAAAAUUAGUGCCAGAAUGGACUCAAUCAACCGACCCUUUGCUUUACUUGCACCACCUUUGUCUCCACAGACUAAAACAGCUGCCCCGUAUACCACCUCGCAGCCAUCACCUCCCCUUCCUCCCCCUCCCCCUCCCCCACCCCCACCCCCUCCUCCUCCCCCUCCUCCUCCCCCUCCCCUCCCUAGCCACUCUCUGCCCUCUGGAGGUAGCUCAGCAACACUGUUUGUGAAAUACAGCACUAUAACAAGAUUACAGAACGCCUCGCAGCAUGGCGGACUUCUCUUCAAGUCCCCCCUGAUGAUACAGCCGCCUCCGCCGCCCCAGCCACCACCACCAGGAAAGCCUCAGAACCUCGUACCCCCUAAUGGUGUGGUCCCUCCGCCCCCACCUCCUCCCCCGCCCCCUACACCAGGAUCAGCCAUGGCACAGCUCAUGAAGCCAGUGCCCUCCAACCUGUCCGUCCCACAAUUCACGCCCCCGCCCCCUCCUGCUCCUCCUCUCAAAAUCCACCAGGUCCAUCAGAACCUUCCUCAGUCUGCUGCUUCGCCGCCACCUCCUCCCCCUAUGCCAGCACCCCCACCUCCCCAAGCCCCUCCUAAACCUGCCAUGACUCUGCCUACCCAAAGCAGCACAAAAGCUGCCUCUCCUGUAGUGACACAACCCACACCACCUUCUUCUGUGUCUUCAGCAGUAAAGAAGCAGCCGAGUUUCACGACUCCACAAAUUCCAUUAUCUCCUGUCCCACUAGGCCCUACUCCGCCACCCACUUUACCCAAGCAACAGAACUACUCUAGUAAGCUUCCUCCUUCACCUCAGUCUCCUGUGCCAUCAGUUGUGAAGCAAAUAGCCAGUCAGUUUCCUCCUCCCCCCAUGCCAGUUGCAGAGACCCAACCUUUAAAGCCUGCUCCUCUGAGUGUACCACCCCCAUCUCCUCCAGCAGUGAAAGCCAAGCCAAAAUGGCAACCCACCUCUGUCCCCUCUCCUGAUUUUCCUCCUCCACCACCUGAAAGUAGCCUAGCAUUUCCUCCUCCACCUUCUCCUUCUCCACCGGUAGUAUCUCCCACCCCAGAGAAGACAGGAGGUUCUCCAGUCAAAAAGUCUAGUAAGACAUCCAGUCCUGGAGGGAAGAAACCACCCCCUACCCCUCAGCGCAACUCCAGCAUAAAAUCUAAUAGCUCCGCAGAGUACCAUGAAUCUAAGAGACCUUCGGUGGACAGCCUGGUUAGCAAAUUUGCACAUCCACCAGAGCCUUCAGGGUCUCCUGUCAAGGAGCCUCCAACUCCCCCUGCAGCUCCUCCAAAGCCAGGAAAGCUCAGUCUGCCUAUAGUGCUUCAGCAAGCAGGAAUGUCAGCAAAAACGCCUGCCGUAGGAGCGCCUGGCACAGGUGCUGUCGAAGAGUUUCCUUCUCCUCCAUCGGAUUCAGACUUUCCCCCUCCUCCACCUGAAAUAGAUCUUCCUCUGCCACCGGUUGAGAUUCCUGCUAUAUUUUCGGGCAAUACCUCUCCAAAAGUUGCUGUUGUCAAUCCCCAGCCUCAGCCGUGGUCGAAAUCAUCCGGGAAGAAAGCUCCCCCUCCAACAAGGCCCAAACGCAACGACAGCACCCGGCUCACACAGGCAGAAAUGGCGGAAGCCCAGGCUGCUGUCAGCCCGCAAGUGCCCACCUCCCCCAAGUCCGGCCUUAGCGUUCAGCCUGGGUUCCUGGCUGACCUGAACAGGACUCUGCAACGCAAGUCCAUCACUCGACACGGCUCCCUCUCCUCUGCCCGGAUAUCCCGGACAGAACCAACGGCGACAAUGGAUGACAUGGUGCUGCCUCCUCCCCCACCAGAACUUCUUGCUGACAAGCAGAAGACCAGCAACUUUGGAGGGAGUCAGAUAUCGGGCUAUGCGACUUUACGGAGGGGUCCACCUCCAGCACCUCCAAAGCGGGAUCAAAACACCAAACUCUCUAGAGACUGGUGAUGCUUACCUGGCGAGAGCUAUAUCCGCGUUGGCUGCCAGCGAAUGAUGCGUGUCAUACCCUUGCAUUGAGACUCCUGGUCAAAUAGCCGAGUCAAAAAACACACAUAUGUUCUCACGGUAGCUAUGGAUGGUGAUUAUGUUCACUUCCAAAAUCAGUCCCCAAAAGGUGGUCGUUCGCAUUUAUUCUAUUGGGAUGAGGGGUUGGACUAUUUUUUUAAUUUCCUUAGUAUGGAUUGGACCAAAAUCUUAAACACUUCUUUUCCUCCCCCUGCAGUUCAGGAAAACUACUGUUAAGUCUGUCAACGUGAGACAUAUUGGUGCAUGUAUUAUAAAUGUAGGUAUAUAAUAUAUUGUGAAAUAUUUUGUUGGAAUUAUAGAGGCUAACCAGAAUGUUUUUGUACAUCUGUAUUUAUUGUUUCAGUCAACUGAAAUAUAUAUUACUAGAAAUUGGAUUGUGUAUCUUAACCAGAAAAGUCCUAUAACUUUUAAAAAUGAAGAUAUUAGGGGGCACUUUAAAUCAGCAGAAACCUCUUUUGGCAGUUGGUGACGGGUAUACAGUGCUGACAAAUUCUAUCAGUAUCUGUACAUUGUUAAUUGGUUGAAAAAUACAGACACAAUCUACCAAAACAUUCUGGUUGUAAUACUACUGAGAUUUGAGUCCAUAUAUUAAAAAAAAGGAGGGGGGAGUGCUGUACAGUGGAGCUGCAGUUAAAUAUAUUUGGAUAAUAAAAACAUUCCCUUCUAGAAGCGUUAAGGAAAGGAUUUAUGGAAUCAAAAUGUUCAAGAAUUUACUGCCAAUUAUUAGUCCUAGGCACACUUGGACACAGUGGGGGUAUACUUCUGAGUGAAUUUGUAAGGCUACAAGUUCUAGUCAUGCUUACUGGGGAGUGAUUUAUAAUGAACUUAAGAGAGGUUUACUUUGGAGGGAUCAUUCUAUAUAUGCUGUUCUGGGCCACUACUCGUUUUAUUUCCAGGUCUGUUUUGCAUUUAAGUGCUUAUACCAGUUUCAGUCAAACACAUUCUGUCAUGGCUGGCUGCGGAUUCUGUUAAGUUUACUAGAUACUUGGUGCUGCUCACCACACUGCCAAUGUGCCAGCUGCACAUGCAUCUCUUCAGAUUAAAGGUUAAUCGAAGUGUGCAGUUGCACAUUCCAAUAUUACCCUCAUUUCCACAAAUCCCAAAGGUGGAAAGCACUGCGGAAGCAGGGAAGAGGGUACGGCAGAUGGAUCCGUAAGGGAGAAAAUGGCGUAAUGAACAAAACAGACGUCUGGGCAGUUGGAGGAGGAGGGCUGUAAUAGCGCGCUUCUCAGAUGCCAGAUGUUGAAAUGGUGGCGUAAACUCCAGUAUAAAAGGUGGAUAGUAAGAGAAGCCCUGGCUGCUACCAUCACCAGUUUGAUUGCGUGAGUGUAAGCUCUUCAUAUUAAGGUUCCGUGGUAUAAAUGGGAUGCUUAAUUUCAGAAACAUUUUAACCAGAAAUGUCAUUGGAAGGAGAAUUUCUAGUGCCCCUCCAUUGCCCGUUGUUAACGGAUUUAUCGUAGAUUGCAUAUCAUGAAUGCAAUUGGUGUGCGUCUGAGGGAGGCCAACAGUAUUUGCUGUGUACAUAAAACAUAUUCAUUGAUUUAAAGGGGAUGUCAAAACUGAAGUGAUGACUUGGUUUGAUACCCCAGAAAUCAGCACAGCCUUGUCCAUAUGUUUUAAGCUAGUGUUGGGGAUCAGAAGUUAGUUACUUCUGGGGCUUAGACAUUUUUUAAAAAACCACCACCGCUCACCCUGGCCUCUGUUUGUUUUACAAAGAAAGGUAUUCAAACCGGAAACGUUUUGCCCUAAAAAGAGGUGGAAGAAAGUUCAGACAUUUUUGCCUUCGUACAACUCGGACCAAAAGGAUCUUUCAAGCAGAAAAGGGGUGGUGCUGUGUCAUCUGAUGCUGAAUCUAGUUUCCCUUUCCACAAAUGUGUCCUGGGCGUAGAUUUCCUAUUUUAGAAUAGUUUACUUAAGCAAUAAGAAUAUACCAUUGUGUGCAUUUUUAAAAGCACUGCUGUUGGAAGGCACAUUUUUGUAUCUUUCACAGCGUUCAGAGUUUCAUUUCUUCUAUUUUUCUGCAUAUAAAAGUGUCCUUAGCCAUUUGCAUUACUGCAUUGUAGCAUGUUUAGGAUAUCUGGCUAAUGUCUUAGCAAGAUUAGGGUUUUUGUUUUUUGUUUUUACUUAUGAAACAUUGGUGCUCUGACUUAAUUGUUCCUGCUGCUGCUUGGACCACUUGAUGGCCCUUAAAAAGAACCCGUCAUUUGGGUGGCAUGAGGAAUGUGCCAGAUCUGUUCCAUCUCGAAUAGCAACAUCACAGCCUGGGUAAGAGACGUGUCUGGGGCUGCUUUGGAACAGCCAGAUGAGUUAAUUCGUUCAAUUUCUUUGCACAAUGUUGUUAAUAUGACACAGGUAUCAUUGGGGAACUGCAUUUCUUCCCUUUUGCAAAACAGCGUCUUGAAUGCACAAUCUGGUUUUUCACCAUUUGCCCCAACAAACGCUAAGCAACAGCAGGGAUAAGAAGGUGCCCAUUAGCAGACCAUGGGUGUCUUUGGAGAAAUGUUAAUGUUUAACUUUUCAUAUUUUUCCUGGUUUACCAAAUUUUGCAGGUGAGUUCACACAUUAGUAUUUACAUAAUGUAGUAUAUAACCUAUUACCAACCUAUAUAUAAUCUCUGGGGUGUACUCACCCUGCUCAUUUAGAUUUCAGUUACCUUGCUGUUUGUUGCUUCACCAUUUUUGCCAGGGCGUCUCCUCCGUGUUGAUCUUAAUCGAAGGCUACAAAUUGCCCAUCAUGCAUGUGAGAAGUACUGAAAAACGCCACGGUAGCACUGGUUAAACAAAUUAUCUUUUCAAUUCUUGAACAAAUAGGUAAAUUGCAUUUCCAUUAGAGUUGCUAUUUGCCCCAAAAUAUGUGUCCUGACAUUAGUAUAGUGGUAACUAUAAUUUCUUCUUGAAUGCAGUGAUCCGUGGAAAUAAGGCAUAUCUUUGAGGUGAGAGGUAAAGAAUAAUCCAUUGCAUGCGUGGAGAGAAAUACAUUCUACAACACUCUGCAUUCUCCAGGCAGCUGUUGGUUAGCAAAAUCUACAUCUGAUCAGCUUCUUAUAAAGGCACAUUGUUUUCGAACACAACAAAUUGGCCUUAAAUAUUUUAGUGUAAUGUUUAAAAACUGAAUUGAGUUUCAUUUUUUUUUAAAAAAAAAGCAUGGUUACAAGCCAGAUCAUUAAGGUUAGUUAUUCAAGCAAAUUUUCCUGAUUUUACCUGUCUAAUUCAAGGAGACCUUUUCAAAAUAAUUUUAUACAAUACCAUAAUGCUUGCUUUCUAAUAAAAAUGAAAAGUAGAUGAUUAUUCCUGGUAAUCCAUGUACUGAGCAAAAGAUUGUCCUUCCCCCCCCCCCCCAGGGUUCACCUACCUGAAAGUGUUUUUUUUUUUUCUCAAAAUUUGAAAAUAUUUGCAAUGUAGGGCCAAACUACACCUUGUCCUGGUUCAUACCUAAUGCCCCAGAUGGCUUUGUGGCACUGCAGUACGGGCAUUUAAAAAGGCUAGGGUUGUUGUUUUUACCGCUCUUGUCUUUUGCAUUUGUAGCCUGACUAAACAACCAUAGUUAAAUCCAUGGUUUAAACCCACAGCUCACAACCCAACAACAAACCAUGGUUCUCUUUGUGAGUUAGUCAUUGUUAACAAUCCAUAAUUAAAGAUUCAUACAGAACAAAAAAACCUAAUUAAACCAUUGUAAUUACAUGCAAACCACGUCCUGACGUUAGCAUGGAAUUAGUAAUUGUGUGCUAGUUAAGUGAACGAAUCAAGGGUAAUCAAAGCCCCCUCUCCUGCCCCACAUGCUUGCAUGUGUGCCAGCAAUUGUACGGGUGGGAGAGUAAUUAUGUACUCAUUUUUGUUAAUUACACGCUUAAUGUGUCAUUUGGCCCUUACAUAGACAGAAGCUAAAUAAGUUUUUGUCCAGAACUAUUGGCACUCAUUCAAGAUUUAAAGAAUGUGCCAUGCUGACUGUAAAACACUGCACUGAAAAGUGACUUUCAAACACUACAUUUACGUGCAAUCUUAUUAAUGUAUCCUGUGUACUCUAAAACACUAUUGCUUCCCUGCCCACCUAAUAAUUGUUAAAGUGUGGUUCAUUUAUAGCCUGAUUCUUAGAUGGAAAUAAUCAAUCCCUCCAACUUAAGUUCCCUGGAACUAUUUACCUUCCCCAGCUAUAGUGUAAAUAAGUCCCAUCUCAUAUUUUCAAAAUUCACUCAUACAGAACGAUCCCGUUAGUGCAGCUGGAUGGUAGAAGUAUAUGUGAAGGAGGCUCUCUACACUGACGUCCUUGUGGGGUCUCUUCCCUGCCCCCUCCUUUUGCAGGUGGGGUGGUGGUGAAGAUAUUUCACAUGAGGGCCUUCAGCUGCUGCCAUGGACUACCUGGCUCAUAUACGAUUUUCCUUGCACUGCUGUGAUGAUAAAGCUACCCUGCAUGGUGGAAUUUUGAAUGUAUUAUAAACAAUGUGACACCUUCGCACCAAGAAGCUUAGUACUAGUCAUGAGGAGUACAAAUUUCACCUUGGGCUUGGCUUUCUGGAGCAUCAAGGCAGGCCUCUCUCUUCAUGCAUUUCCUCUGUAACCAAUAGGACAGCCUCAAAAGUAUUUGGGAUUCUCUUAUCUACCAAAGUCAAACAGGACAGUCUGUGGUACCUCUCUCAAAAUGCCGAAUGGCUUCCCUAUUACAGAUCCAGGCCGCACUACAAAGGUUUUGGGGAAGAGCUUUCUGCCAGAAUGUGUGUUGCCUUUGUUUUUUGUGAGAAGUGUGUCGUAUAAAAAUAUUUAUUACUGACUCUGUGCUCCAAACAUAUUAAACUACCCACAAAGUAUGUAUUUUACCAUCAGAAAGUAGAUGGGGGGUCAUUUGUCUGCUUUUUCCUGCUUUGCAUAUUUUGUAAUUGUAAAUCUUAGGAUUGUAAAUUGUGGGGAAGAACAUUAGCUUUGUUUUGCAGCCAUUGGUAACAAUGGUGAUGAACCUUGUAACUGAUUAUGCACAUGUAAAACACCAGUGUUGCAGAAAUGAUUUUGUCUGUGCAGCAAUUUGUGAUAAGUGCUGUAAAUACAUUCAUAUGUUGACUGCUUUACAGAAAAUAUUGCACAUUUUAUCUUAGAAUGGGAUUGCCUCCCCCAUCUCCUUUCACUUUAAGAAAGUAAAGCUCUUUGCAAGUGGUAACUUAUGGUUGAGAAGAGCUUUGUUCUCUAUAAAUAUUCUAUAAAUAUGUAAAAAUAUACUUUUUUAAAGCAUGGGAGAAAAAAAUACAAAAUGCAUUCAUGACAAAAUACUCAGAAAUCAUUAUACAAUGGAAUAUGCACAAGUCAAUAAAGAUAUAGUUAAAUUUG